CGCCCGCCCGCCCGCUCGCACGCACGCACGCAGUGCCUGCCCUUCGGCGCGCAACGACGGCAGCAGCAUAUGGGACCGUUUGCCAGCCUACGCAUCGCAUCCAGCGCCGCGACCGUCUCCAUCGGGCUGCGGGCAGCAUCACCCGCACAACCUGCGGUGGCUGACUGACAUUGCCAAUACACAAGAUUGACGCCGUCACCAGGCACACCGCGACGAAGCAUCCCCGACCAGCUCGUUUCACCACCACCACUAAGCACACGACUACCCGCGCGGCGACUGCUGCUCUGUCCCGCCUCGCGUCGACGCUUGAUGCCCCGUUUCGCUCGACCUCGACCCCGACCCCAACGCUCAUCGAUCCCGCAGCGUCCAGGCAGUCCGCGGUGGUGGGCAGCCCGCGCGCCGCCUCGCCGGCGCCGACAUCGCCAUGUAUCAGGGCAGCCAAAGACAUGUCUCGGGCGGUGAUCCCACGCGGUCAUUUCAAGUGCCGCCUCCACCGCCCAUGUCUCCUCCCAUGGCUGGCCCUCCCAUGAACAGCAUCAUGAACAUACCGCCGCCGCCGCCGCUGCGGUAUCCGGCCGCCACGUCAGGCGGCUCCGGCGUUGUUCUGCCGCCACCGCCCGGUCCGCCCCCUCCGAGCACCCUUGCUCACCAGCAGUCAUGGCACGGCAACUACGGCCGCAUGUACGACGGCCGUCCCGGCAUCAGCCUGCCGCCGCCGCCGCCGACGGGCCAGCACCAGCCGUACAAUCCCAAGCUGCACGCUCAGAUGGCUGCCGGCCAGACCAUCGCCAUGCCACCUCCUCCCCGCCCGAACGAUGCCAUGAGCAUGAGCGCCACCUACAUCCCGACGGGAGAGACGUAUGGUGAAGGCGUCGGCAUCCCGGGCUUCGGUAUCGACUCUUCGACACAGCAAGCCUCGUGGCAGGCAGCCGCGACACAGGCUGGGCACGACGCCUCGGCCUUCAUGGACGACGCCGCCGCCAGGGACAGAUUCUACGCCGCGCAGCAGAGGGGCUUGUCAAAUGCCUCGAGCGCGGCUUCCAGCAGCACAAUAUCCCCAGAGCUCGCGGCUCAGUGGUCUCUCGACACCGUCCUGCUUUGGCUGGCGCAAAACCAGUUUUCCAAGGACUGGCAGGAGACGUUUAAGGGACUCAACCUCCACGGCGCGCAGUUCCUCGAGCUCGGCAGCCUCCACGGUGGACGCGGCAACUUCGGCAUGAUGCACCAGAAAGUUUACCCGCGGCUGGCCCAGGAGUGUAGCAACAGCGGCACGGGAUGGGAUCAGACCCGAGAGAGAGAAGAGGGCAAGCGCAUGCGCCGUCUCAUACGGAGCAUCGUCACCGGCAAACCCGUCGAUACAUCCAAGAUGACGAGCUCCCACGGUCGCAACCAGUCUGUCAACGCCGGCCAUGCGAGCAGCCUCCCGAGCGCCGGCACCGACCCCAACGACUCCCCCAAUACUUUACAAAGCUCGACCGAGACGGGCUUCCUCUCAAGAAAGUUCUCCCAGACGCGAGCUACUACCCUGCCCACGCUAAACAACAGCACCAUGAGCUCAGACUCCGGACACCGGCUGAACUUGCGGCUGAGCCCGAUCACCAGUGACUUUGAGGGCAGCUUUUGGGGCAUGUCGGCGCGGACAGACAGCCCGAGCGCAAGCCCCGGCCCGCAGCAGGCGCUGUUUCCGUCGGCAACGACCCCGGUGCUCUCAAGCUCCACGCCAGGGUCCGCCAAGUUCGGGCAUCGCUCGCGGAACAGCGCUGACUCGGUCUCAUCCAGCGCGGCCAUUUACGGCUCCGGCGUCCCUGCUGAUGCGGCGGCCAUCCUGGGCCGAGGCUUGAACCUGAGCGAAGCCCUCGCUUCGGGUCGUCACCCCGACGGCCGGGCGAAGCACUCUCCGCUGGAGGCGGGCGACAGAUCGGCGGGCACGGAGCCUCCGGCGUCGGCCAAGGACUCCAAGAGCUUCCUCAGCUUCCUGUCGCGCAAAAAGCGGCAGAAGGAAGAUGAGGCCUUUGCGUCUCCCGAUGACUUUGACUCUCCGGACUCCCCCGUGACCAUGCCGAAGUCGUCGUCGCACCGCGGCGCCAACGGCGGCGAUGCGAACCUCGACCGGCCCGGCUCCAGCUUCGGCGCCCACGAUAAGAACGACUUUGCCUCGCAUCAGCGGGCCAAGCGCGCCAGCGUCGUCCGAACGUAUGUGCUGGCCACCAUGGACCAUUGGAACUAUCGCAUGUGCGACAUUACCGAGGCGGAAUCGGCAGCGGAGAUUCGCCAGGUCAUCUGUGCGAACCUUGGACUCAACAACCACAGCGAUUCCGCAAUCUAUCCCACCGAGCUUGGAAAGUUUGACCAUGCGGAUCCCCUCGACGAUCAGCAGCUGCUCACCAACAAACGCGUCAAGGCAGAUUCGUCCGGGACACUAAAGUUCUUCGUCACCGCAGCCUCUCUGACCGCGAACAGGAAUAGCGGGCCGCAGGCGUCGCUGUCUCCUGGCUACCUUCCUCCGGGAAUGGAUCAGGACGCCUAUGCUCGACUCGAGAGCCGACAACGCUCGAGCUCGUCGCCACCAUCGUCGAGGUCCAACACCAUGUCCGGCAUUGACCAGAAGAGCUUGGAGCAGGAAGCGACAGAGUACCGGGCGGAGAUUGAACGCAAGCAGCGCGAGUAUUUGGAGAAGCGCAAGCAGGCGACUAAAAAAGGGAGCCCGACGGCGCCGGAGACGGCGGCCUUUGGUAUCGUCGGUCGCAACGUCGACUUUGAUCAGCCGCGAAAUUCACCUUUCGAGGACAAGAAACCGGAGCAGCUGUUUCCACAGAGAAAGCCUCCCGCGCCGCCCAGCGACCCCUCUGCCACGCUGAUCAAGGCCAACUCCCUGAGCAGGAGGUCCGGCCACUCCCUGCGGAUGUCCACCGGCAGCACCGACGGCUAUCCCUCGCCGCGCCAUCCGCAGACGAGCAGCGGCGGCCCGGGAGACGAUGCGGCGGACAGAAAAGCCAAAUUUGCUCCACAGGGGUCCGUCGGCGGCAUCGGCGCGGCGCUGGUGGGCAUGGGCAGGAACCUGGGUGCCAUCGGACAGUCAACGGCCAAUGCUCCGAGGAGCGCCUCGAGCCAGAACGUCACGUCCCCGGCGACCGUCUCCAGUGGCGGCAAGCGGCACUCUGGUCAGCGUCCAUCGUCGCCAGGCGACGUCAGCCCAGUCUCUACGCACUCCAGGGCCACGACUUCAACGGAGGGCUCCUCGAAGCGCAAGUCACACGGUCCCGACCUGGAUUUCAAGGACACUGACGUCAGUUUCUCCAACGCCCCGCGGUCCUCGCGGCCUACACAACGGCCGCCGCCAGGCGAUGACAGCGACGACUCCGACGAUGGGUUAUUCGCCAUUCCGCUGGCUGGCAGAAACAAGGGCAAGGCUCCCGCAGGUGGUAGCAGGAGAUCUGACGCGUCCGGCCACGCCCAACGUCCGAGCCUGACGGUCAACACCAGGCCUAGGAGCAAGCAGCUAUCGGUCUCAUUCACCUCCCCGCAGUCCCUCGAGAGUGCGGCCACGGGUGAGAGCAACGACGCUCUGUCCAGCGCGAGGACCGGGGUGGGUUCGCGGAGGACCCCGGCGACCCCAGGGUCUGAGAGCUGGGACUCGGAGGAUAGCAAGAUAAACAGGCGCAAGUCUUUUAUCGAAAAGGACGUGUGGGCGAACCGCCCUCCCACGGACGAUUUGCUCAACAAUCUCGACGACUUCUUCCCGAACCUAGAUCUGGAUCAGCCCGUCCUCGAAGAGGGCUCAGGCGGGGACACGACGGCAUCACCAAGCGGCGACACGGAGGAAAUUGGAGACCAGCGCGGAGCAGCUAUUCCUGCCGUGCCACCUCUGCCAGCCAACACCACGAUGACGGUCCCGGCGGCCGUUCCACCGUCGCGGCAGCCGUCUCUGUAUGGGGACGGAGACACACUGGGAUCGGACGAAUCGACGCUCAAGGCCUCGGAGCGCACAAACGGUGGAGGGCAGUCCGUGGCACAGAGAAGCCUGCGCCGUUCCGGGGGACUGGGCCGCAUGAAGUCCAUUCGCGAGGUGGCUCGCGGUGCACACGAGGCCAACAAGCGAUACACGACGGCGUCGCAGAACCUGGACAAGUCGAGCAUCAUGCGGCGCAAGAGCACCAAGAUGUUCAACGCCAAUAUCGUGCAGAUCCGGCCGGACCAGCGGGGGAGCAUGGUGCUGCCACAAAUUCCGCAAGACACGCUGCCCAAGCGACAGACGACGUUCAGAUGGUUCAAGGGCCAGCUGAUCGGCAAGGGCACUUACGGGCGUGUCUACCUCGGCAUGAACGCCACAACGGGAGAAUUCCUCGCAGUCAAGGAGGUCGAGGUCAAUCCAAAGGCCGCGGCGGGCGACAAGGCCAAGAUGCGGGAGAUGGUGGCGGCGCUGGAUCAGGAGAUCGACACGAUGCAGCAUCUGGACCACGUCAACAUUGUGCAAUACCUGGGGUGCGAGCGCAAGGAGACGAGCAUCAGCAUCUUCCUCGAGUACAUUUCCGGUGGCAGCAUCGGGUCGUGCUUGCGCAAGCACGGCAAGUUUGAGGAAUCGGUCGUGUCAUCGCUCACGCGCCAGACGCUCUCGGGGCUGGCUUACCUGCACCGCGAGGGGAUCCUGCAUCGUGACCUCAAGGCCGACAACAUCCUGCUGGAUCUCGACGGCACGUGCAAAAUCAGCGACUUUGGCAUCUCCAAGAAGACGGACAACAUCUACGGCAACGACAAGACCAACUCGAUGCAGGGCUCCGUGUUCUGGAUGGCGCCCGAGGUCAUCCGCUCUCAGGGCGAGGGUUACAGCGCAAAGGUGGACAUUUGGAGUCUAGGAUGCGUGGUGCUCGAGAUGUUUGCCGGUCGGCGUCCUUGGAGCAAAGAAGAGGCGGUGGGCGCCAUCUACAAAAUUGCCAACGGCGAGACCCCGCCCAUCCCCGAGGACAUUCAGGAGACGAUUGGGCCCCUGGCCGUGGCGUUCAUGAUGGACUGCUUCCAGGUAAACCCGUUUGAUCGGCCAACCGCGGACGUGCUGCUCUCGCAACACCCGUUCUGCGACCUGGAUCCAAGCUACAACUUUUACGACACAGCGCUGUAUCAGAAGAUCAAGGACGCGUACAAUAAACAGUAGUGGGGUCUAGGACGUUGGUGAGCAUCGCCAGCCUUGAACCUUUGACUCGGAGUUGGCUUUUGAGAUACCGUGUCAUCUCGGCGAGCAAAGGAUGCGCAUGACGGGCAGUAGCCGUGGGGAGCUUUUGUGGGAUGCACUGUAGGUUUUGUGUCUAUUUGAGGAGUCAUAUGGUGAAUGGUAUCUGGGAGCGUGGCGCUGGACACGUUUGAUUGCGCUAUGGUAGCUACCUUAUGCAGCCCGCCAUGGCACGAUGGGAGCGACUGCUGGCAAUAUACUGUACGGUACAGUGCAUACUGAAAUCUUUAUCGUCGCCUGGCAGAUGGUUAUAGGGCUCGUCGUGGGCAUAAACUAGCUGCGGUGGCUGCAGGAUGGGUAUCCUAGUUGCGUCCGUCAGUGUCAAGUGGCUAAGCGCAUACGCGCUCUUGUCAUUCAUACGCCCGCCGGCCUCGUUCGACUCUGCUUUUAUGCCGCGG